UCGUCAGAACACCGGGUCGGGUGCGAGUGCGCACACUCGGCUCUGAACGAUGUUGCAGCCGGAGCCGCCUCCUCUGACGGGCAGCCUGAGCCGCGGACUCGCAGUGAGCGGACACGCCGCCAUGCACGCACUGAGCGCGGGGCACGGCCCCGGCCACCCCCGCUCGGCCGGCGGGGAGCCGGGCCUGGACGGCGGGGAGAACGGGCUGGAGAGUCGGCGGGACAUUGGAGACAUCCUGCAGCAGAUCAUGACCAUCACCGACCAAAGUUUGGACGAGGCGCAGGCCAAGAAACACGCACUCAACUGUCACCGAAUGAAGCCAGCAUUGUUCAGCGUUUUGUGCGAGAUCAAGGAGAAAACUGGCCUGUCGAUGAGGAACGCCCAGGAGGAGGAGCCCCAGGACCCCCAGCUGGUGCGCCUGGACAACAUGCUGUUAGCGGAGGGCGUCGCAGGGCCGGAGAAGGGCGGCGGAGCUGCUGCCGCCGUGUCGGCCGCCACCAGCUCAGGAGGGAUGUCGCCUGACAGCUCGCUGGAGCACUCCGACUACAAAAGCAAGCUGAGCCAGAUUCGCAGUAUUUACCACACUGAGCUGGAGAAGUAUGAGCAGGCGUGCACCGAGUUCACCACCCACGUGAUGAACCUGCUGAGGGAGCAGUCGCGCACGCGGCCCGUCACCCCGCGGGAGAUCGAGCGCAUGGUGGGAAUCAUCCACCGCAAGUUCAGCUCCAUCCAGACGCAGCUGAAGCAGAGCACGUGUGAGGCCGUCAUGAUCCUGAGGUCCCGCUUCCUCGAUGCUCGACGCAAGAGGCGCAACUUCAGCAAGCAGGCCACGGAGGUCCUGAACGAGUAUUUCUACUCGCACCUGUCCAACCCAUACCCCAGCGAAGAAGCCAAAGAGGAACUUGCCAAAAAUUGUGGAAUCACCGUCUCACAGGUCUCCAACUGGUUUGGUAACAAGAGAAUCCGCUACAAGAAAAAUAUCGGCAAGUUCCAGGAAGAGGCCAACCUCUACGCCAUGAAGACAGCCUUGGGGGCCCGACAGGGCGACGACUCCCCGCACACUCCCAACUCCCCAGGAUCCGGGUCCUUCUCACUGUCUGGGUCGGCUGACAUAUUCCUCGGCGGUCCACCCGUGAACGGCGAGCAGUCUGCCUACCAACUGGGAGUGCAGUCUAACGGAAACUGGCCGGGCCGAAACUCGCCCCCGUCCGGCGCUUCUCCCCACAGCGACCAAUCAGACAACUCCGACUGAUGGCCCCGCCCACUGGCACAGAGCGACAGCGAUGGAAAGAUUGACGGCGGACAAGACAGACAGAAUGAAACCACACUUCCCACCUGGCUGCAGUUGUUUUUGGAUGUUGGGUUAUUUCAAAUGUACAUUGUCCUUUUUUCUUUUGAAACUGCUCAGCGUCGGUCAUUCUUACGUUGGUGGGAUUAGCCGGGUGCACAGUUGGUCGGGUGUGUGUGUGCGUGUGACUGCGUGUGU